UUUUUUUCUGUUCUUGGCUUGUCGCAGAAGUUGGGAUUCGUCUUUUUAUAAUUUGCCCUGAAAACGAAAACGAAAAUAAAAAGCGGAGAGAGAGAUGGCUAGAUACGAUCGAGCAAUUACUGUCUUCUCCCCCGACGGUCACCUCUUUCAAGUCGAAUACGCCCUUGAAGCCGUCCGCAAGGGUAACGCCGCCGUCGGUGUCCGCGGUACCGACACCGUUGUCCUCGCCGUCGAGAAGAAGUCCACCCCCAAGCUUCAGGAUUCUAGAUCAGCCAGAAAAAUUGUGAGCCUUGACAAUCACAUUGCCUUGGCAUGCGCGGGGCUCAAGGCUGAUGCCCGAGUCUUGAUUAACAAAGCAAGGAUCGAGUGUCAAAGCCACAGGCUUACACUUGAGGACCCUGUCACUGUUGAGUACAUCACUCGCUACAUUGCUGGCCUUCAACAGAAGUAUACCCAAAGUGGUGGUGUCAGACCCUUCGGUCUUUCUACUCUUAUCGUUGGCUUUGACCCUUACUCUCGCCUCCCUUCCCUAUAUCAGACUGAUCCUUCUGGGACUUUCUCUGCUUGGAAAGCUAAUGCUACCGGCAGAAACUCCAACUCUAUUAGGGAAUUCCUCGAGAAGAACUACAAAGAAUCCUCUGGCCAAGAAACUAUUAAACUCGCUAUCCGUGCUCUGCUUGAGGUAGUUGAGAGUGGCGGAAAGAACAUUGAGGUUGCCGUAAUGACACGGGAGGAAACUGGGCUGCGCCAGCUAGAAGAAGCUGAAAUUGAUGCAAUCGUGGCCAAGAUCGAAGCUGAAAAGGCGGCCGCAGAAGCAGCCAAGAAAGGCCCUCCAAAGGAAACUUGAUAAAACAAUAACUGUUUCUGUUUCUCAAUCUGAACUUACCUUCUUCGCUGCUUCUGUUUCUCAAUCUUGUUUUGACUCGAGCCAACUCUUUGGCAAAAGAAGAACCUGACCCCAUCGUUUUGUUAACUUGAAAAUGCUCCAAAAAAAAACUGAAGAAAGGGUUUAAAAUUCGCUUGAUCUUGAUCAAACCAAGGAUAAAUUUGCUGUUGCUCAUUGUUAGAUAGAGAAGUGACUCUCCAUUUUCUAUUUAUAAGUAAGCAGAACAAUUAGUGUUC